CCUCUCUCUUACUUAACUCGGGUUGAAUAGCUGGCUCCUCUCUGUAUUCAAACACCAGUCCCCGACUUCCCUAGGACUUUGCCGUUUGUAUUUUCUUUUGUUGUUCCUACCUGUUCCAUUAACCUCAGCAGCAUAGACAAAUCCCAUGUGUUUGUCAAUACCCGUGUACACACCAGCUUGUGCUUCGCCAUAUAGCUCUGGAUCCACUUGUUCCCAAGCUUUUUCAACAGUUCUUUUUUUUAUUAUUUGUUUUCCUUUUAGAGACUAGAUAGAUUGGGCUGGAGGCUGAUUCAAUUUCAAUUCUUCAGAAGGGGCUACUCCAAAUUUGCCGUCUGGUUGUUAUUUUUCAGCUCCCUCCUUACUGUUCCUGGAUGAUCCAAAAGCUUUCACCCUCGAUAGCUUUACUCAAUUUCUGGCAUGGGUUCUUGAUUUCAGCUCCCUCUGCAUAUAUCCUUAAUCUUAGCUAAGCCUAGGGAGGCCCAAAGUCCCAAUCUUUGUUAACUGCCGACUCUGAGUCUGGCACACAAGAUGAUGCUCAGAAAGGGAAUCGACGUGUUGCUUCUGUGGAUUCUAUCAAUCUUGCACUUGCAAAGCUCUUGCGAGGGAUACAAUCCUCCUGAUAAUUACCUCAUAGACUGCGGAUCUUCCAGCAAUACAACUGUCGGAGAUCGAGUCUUCAUUGCCGAUAACUCUGCAGCUUCGAAGUUCCUCUCCACCCCAGAGGAUGUCCUUGCAAAGUCAUCAUCCAACGCCAAAGGUGAUUCUCCGCUGUAUCAGACUGCUAGGGUUUUCACAGGGUCCACAAAGUACACCUUCCCCGCCACUCAGAAAGGAAGGCACUGGAUUCGGCUCUAUUUCUCACCAUUUGUUUACAAUUCCUACAACAUGAGUUCCGCAACAUUCUCGGUCUCUGCCCAGAGUUUUGUCCUCCUCAACCGUUUCACCGCCACAGGUGUUGUGGUCAAGGAGUUCUCGGUGAACGCGUCGUCGAGCAGUAUCGUUGUUACUUUCAACCCUUCGGAUAAUUCCUUUGCUUUCUUGAAUGCGAUCGAGGUUGUUUCGGUGCCUGAUGAGCUGAUUCAGGAUGAUGCAAGCGUCCUUCCCUCAGGAAACUACCAGGGCCUUUUAGUUCAGGCCCUUGAGACUGUACAUCGAGUGAACAUGGGUGGACCCACAGUCUCGUCGGCAAAUGAUACGCUUUGGCGGACCUGGGUGCCCGAUGGAAAUUUCCUGGUUCAGGCCAGCCUUGCCAAGAAUGUGACCAAAAUUGGGGCUGUUAACUACGUGUCUGGCGGGCCGACCCCAAACAUAGCCCCAAGCACAGUCUAUGGGACUCUGACAGAGAUGAACUCUGCAAGUGAUCCCAACAGCAACUUCAAUGUGACGUGGCAGUUUGAUGUGGACUCGAGAUUCAGGUAUCUUGUUCGGUUCCACUUCUGCGACAUAGUUAGCAGCUCCCUGAACCAGCUUUUGUUCAACGUCUACAUUGGCUCAUCGAUCGUUGUCAGCAAUCUUGAUCUGAGUACGAGGACGUUCAAUGUCUUGGCAGCUCCUUACUACUUGGACCUAGUGACAGAUGUAAUUGAUAGCACCACACUUCGCGUGAGCAUUGGGCCUAGCACAGAAAGCGGUGGUUACCCGAAUGCAAUCUUAAAUGGCCUUGAGAUCAUGAAGAUGAACAACUCGGAUGGAAGCCUCAGUGGAGACUCUUCAGCAGUUUCUUCUGGCUCCAGCUCGAAGAGCAUGGUGGGGGUCAUAGUGGGAUCCAGUGUCGGGGGGGUCAUGGCUCUAGCGUUCAUCGGAGUAUUGCUCGUCUGUUGCCAGAGGAGGAGGAAGAGGUUUUCUGGGCAGGGGCUUUCGAAGACAUGGAUUCCCAUAUCGAUCAAUGGAGGAACUUCUCUUACUAUGGGGAGCAAGUACUCAAAUGGAACAACUGCUAGUAUUGCUUCUAAUCUUGGUUACCGGAUCCCAUUUGCAGCCGUUCAAGAAGCCACAAACAACUUCGAUGAGAGUUGGGUGAUAGGGAUUGGUGGUUUCGGGAAAGUUUACAGAGGAGAACUGAGCGACGGGACUAAAGUUGCUGCUAAGCGAGGCAACCCCAAAUCUCAGCAGGGGCUUGCGGAGUUCAAGACAGAGAUCGAGAUGCUGUCCCAGUUCCGCCACCGCCACCUGGUGUCUCUGAUUGGGUACUGUGACGAGAGGAACGAGAUGAUCCUGAUAUACGAGUAUAUGGAGAAUGGUACCCUCAAGAGCCACCUCUAUGGGUCAGACCUCCCGAAUCUGAGCUGGAAGCAGAGGCUUGAAAUAUGCAUUGGGGCAGCCCGUGGGCUCCACUACCUCCACACAGGCUACGCCACAGCAGUCAUCCACCGAGACGUGAAGUCCGCAAACAUAUUGCUGGACGAGAACUUGAUGGCGAAGGUCGCUGAUUUCGGGCUCUCAAAGGCAGGUCCCGAACUCGACCAGACCCACGUGAGCACAGCUGUUAAAGGAAGUUUUGGGUACCUCGACCCAGAAUAUUUCCGGAGACAACAGCUGACUGAGAAAUCGGAUGUUUACUCCUUUGGUGUGGUGCUGUUUGAGGUUCUGUGUGCUAGGCCCGUAAUAGACCCGACCCUUCCAAGAGAGAUGGUGAACUUAGCGGAGUGGGCCAUGAAGUGGCAGAAGAAGGGCCAGCUGGAUAAGAUCAUAGACCCGACCCUUGCAGGGAUGAUCAGGCCCGAUUCUCUGAGGAAGUUUGCUGAAACUGCAGAGAAAUGCUUGGCAGAUUUCGGGGUGGACAGGCCUGCCAUGGGAGAUGUUCUCUGGAAUCUCGAGUACGCUCUUCAGCUGCAGGAGGCGGUUCUCCAAGGCGAUCCCGAGGACAACAGCACAAAUAUGAUCGGUGAGCUCUCUCCGCAGGUCAACAAUUUUAGCAAUGUCGAUGCUAGUGUUUCUGCUGUGGCUUUAGAAGUGGAAGGGGGUGCAGUAGAUGAUGAUCUGUCGGGGGUUUCAAUGAGCCGGGUCUUCUCGCAGCUAGUGAAGUCUGAGGGCCGGUAAUAAUUAUACAACAAAUCCAUUUUCACUUUUGCCAUAACUCGAACUUGAUCUGUUGAGAAGUUUUGCAAAUGAAAAAGAAAAAUAAAAAAAGAGAGGACUGGGCAAAGGGUUAUGGUUUUGGACAUGUAGUAGUUCAAGUCGGUCGUCGAAGAGUUGUCUAAAUUAACUUCAUUCUAUUGAACUAUUCAUGGGAUUGUGCUGCUUGAGCUCCGUGGCGUGCUCGGAGAAGAUCUCUGUACAAAAUGCGUUGGGAGGUUAAAAGUGAAUCGUAUUUUCAUAGAUAUGGGCUGUCUUGGUUACCAUUUGACAUUUGCUGCAGAUUACUGGCUCCUUACGGGAGGCCUCUAUAAUGUUUAAUUUCAAUGUGGAUUAUUGAUAAUGUUAAGUCUCAUGGCCAUUUGGCUUCGUUAA